GGCGCCCGCGCGGGCUGCGGCAGCAUGAAAAAGAACCAGACGGUGCAGGGCACCUUCAGCAAACUCUUCGGGAAGAAGCACGCCACCAGCCCCAGCACCUCCCUCUACGCCACCAACCCGCCCUGGAUCUUCACCCAAGAGGCCCCGGAGGAGGGGACCAGGGGCUUCGAUGGCAUCUAUUUUGGAGACAAUCAGUUUAACACAGUGAGCGAGUCAGGAACAGCCACGCUGAAAGCUCGGCCAAGAGUCCGGCCCCUGUUGACCUUCCUUCCGCUGAAUGCCCAGGAAAACCAUGGGCUGGCUGUACCCACGCCCUCAGUUCCAGAAGACUUUGCAGACAAAGAAGUGACAGGUACCAACUCACUGGUCAAUGGCAACCUCCGACUGUACAGCUCUGUGGGUGACCUGAGGCCUGGGCAGUAUGGCCAGGAUCUGCUCAUCCCCCCACCUCCCCCAGGCCCAGCCCCAGGGCCUCCUCAGGACAUUUCACAACCUCCAGGGGAGUCGCCACUGCCACCUCCCCCUUCCACAGCACCCCCACCGCCUCCUCUGCUGCUGGAACCCCCGCCCCCACCCAGCAUGGCCCCACCUCCACCCCCAGUAUUGGAGGCCCUAUCCCCACCACACACUCUCUCCUCCCCACCCACACCUACCCCUCCUGACUUCAUUCCCCCUGCCCCACCCUUAGCCUUUCUCGCCCCCCCACCGCCUCCUCGGCCAGCCCCAGCACCCCCUGCUCCAGCAUCUCCUCACACAGUGGGGACUCGGCUCUUUCCCCCUGGGGGUGUCACCAAGUGGAAAUCAGAUGUAGCACUAAAUGGCAGGCAGGCAGAGGCCACCAGAGCUAGCCCCCCGAGAAGCCCCGCUGAGCCAAAGGGGAGCGCCCUGGGACCCGCCCCAGAGCCCCACCUCACCUUCCCCCGUUCUUUCAAAGUGCCUCCCCCAACCCCAGUCAGGACUUCGUCGAUCCCAGUUCAGGAAGCACAAGAGGCUCCCCAAAAGGAAGAGGAGGCCACCAAGAAGGCUCCCAGCCGACUCUCACUGCCUCCCAGCUUCUAUAUCCGCCCUGCUUCCCAGGUCUACCCAGACAGGGCCCCGGAGCCAAACUGCCCUGGGGAGCUCGGGGCCACAGCACCAGCCAGCCCAAGGCUUGGCCAGUCCCAGUACCAGGCAGAUGAACGAGCUAGGACUCCGCCUCCAGCCCCUCCCCUGCCACCUCCUGCACCCCCUCUCCCUCCCCCAGCACCCCCACUUCCCCCAGCUGCACCUCCUUUGCCCUCUGCUGAGAAGGCAGCCCCUUCACCUGCUGGGUUUACAAAAAACCCCAAAUCCAGCUCUCCUGCUCUCAAACCCAAACCCACGCUCCCCAGCCCAGAGGACACAGCGUCUUCAGCACCUGUGGACUGGAGGGACCCCAGCCAGAUGGAAAAGCUGCGGAGCGAGCUGGCAGCUUAUCUCUGUGGCUCCAGGAGAGAAGACCGAUUCCUCAGUAACAGGCCAAGCCCAACAGUGGCCUCUCAGAGCAAGGAGGGCAAGAAGGGCCUGAGCCUGCCAGCAAAGGACACUCCCCAAGGUGUUCCUGAAAAGAGUCUCGGUGACAGCAGCCUAACCGAGACAGAGGCUCCCUCUGGCCUGACCCUGCCCCCUGUGGACUACAUUCCCCAAGACUCUCCCACUCCCAGUGUGCAGCAGCUCCGGAAUGAGCUGGAGGCCCGGCUCUCUUCAUCAGCAGAGAAGGAGGCUAAGCCCAGCAUAGGGUCUCUGCCCCCUAAGCCUCGGCUAGAAGUGGGAAGAAUAUUUGAAAAUGGGGCUGAUAAUGACAAAAUCUCCAAGCCUGUGGCCAAGAAUCUGCGACCUCAAUCCACCACCCUGCUGCCAACCACAUCACUCCAGCCCAAGGCCACGUUGGGACCAGCCACACCACCCAAGACCACACCUGGGCCAGCCACAGCACCCAAAGCCACACCUGGUCCAGCAGCCACAGCACCCAAGGCCAUACCUGGGCCAGUCCCACCACCCAAGACUACAUCUGGCCCUGCCAUACCAUCUACAGCCACAACUCUGCCAACCACCACAUCCCAACUAAUGGCAGAGAAGGAUGAAGGCCCAGCUGGGAAGCCAGAGAAACUAGCAUCUCAAGAAGUUUCCAUUCCCUCCCAGCCAAGGGCAGAGGGGUCGCCCUCAGAGGCCACCAGGCUGCCCACACAGGGAGCCCGCUCAUCUCCAGCCCUCCCACCAAAGGCAUCUCUUGGUAGAGAAGAGGUGCCAUGUCUCUACAAGCCCCACUGCCGCCAGAGCAGCCCCAGUCAUGAGGUUGGCGUAAUGAUGCCCACACUGGCCAGAGGAGAGGCUGCAGGGCCAGAGGAGCCCGUGGAGGUGAAGGAGCCCCUGGGACUGCCAGCCAAGCCCCCUGCCUCAGCCCAGCCCACUGAUGACCUCCUCAGGCACCCAGUGACUGGGGAGAUAGUGGAGCGGGGCUCGCCGAUGGCCCUGCUCCUGGCGGCCAGGCAGAGGGCGCAGAGGGGGAGGCCUGGAGGGGCUGCCCUGGGCCGGUCCUCUCUACCAGGGAGUCUCCUUGACCACAGCCACCAAGCCGAGGCGGGCUCUGACAGCAUCCUUCACAACCAGGGCAGGCCCAACUCCUUCACUGUGGUACCCAAGUUACCGAAGGAGGCUGCGAAGAGCUCCCCGCUGACGACCGAAAUACCCAUUACAUGGGGGCCACAGCUGGGAAGAGACACAGAGGGCACACAGCCAAGCCGCAGACACAACUGGACAAAGACGGAGCCCCAGACCCCUGUGGCCUGGGAAAAAGCAGCUCCCUCCAACCGCCCCCAGGGCCGCCCGCUGCCCAAGUCCUUCUCCUCCCCACCUUCUCCAUCGUACAAGAGGGAGGAGGAGGAGGAGGAGGAGAAAGAGUUCAGCUUCGAGGUCAUCCCACCGCCGCCAGAGUUCAGCAAUGACGCUGAGCCCCCGGCGCCGGCCCUCCAGUAUCUGAGCCGCCGGGGCUGCCCUCCCCAGAACAACUUCUCAGACCUGGGACAGCCCCGGGACGCCGGCCCCUCUGUGCCCCCGGCUCGCGGCUUCUCGCGCUUUCCCGCGGGCGCGCGCUACAGCGGGGCGGGCGGCCUGGACCGCUUCUCCGGAGCCGGCCGCUCGCUCAUCAAGAAGCGCCUGUACGUCGGGGAGCCGCAUCGCGACACAGGGCUGUCCCGCGGCGGCACCGCUCGCAGCCUGAGUUCCCCCAACUGCUUCGGGCCACAGCCUGGAGGCCCGGAAAUGCGGCGCGUGAACUCGGCGGGCCGCGCGCCCCCCGGAGGCCUGCACGCGCCGAGGCUGUCCCUGGAGGGCGCCGCCCGGGGCGCCUCGGAGGCCAAGCACAAAGCGUCGGGUGGCGCCGACUACGGCUUCGCCCCAGCUGCCGGCAGAUCUUCCCACGCCACCACCCUCUAUGGAAGCCCCAUCAACACGUUCACCGUGAGGCCUGGGACCCGCCAUCCCAUCUCCUAUGCCUGCUCAGGGGCCCAUCGGAAAGCCGCCUCCUGAGCCACGGGUUCUCUCAGCUCUACUCCAACAAACUGUCUUUAAGUGUCUUUAAGGAUCUGAGCACUUGUUUCUUGGUGGGGGUGGUGGGAAGUACACAGCAGGUGUUAGGCGACCUGACUCAGACACAGACGAGUCGUUGAUCCCCAAAGACCGACGAUGAGAAGCAGUGGCCCAGGAAGAUCAAGAGUGGGCUUCUGUUUCCCAAAGUGCUGGUGCGGCUGUGGACUGUUACACAUGGGGGUGGGAGGGGAAGGAGGGUAGAGAGGAGGAACCGUUCAGGACCUAGGCGCUGAGCUUCUGCCCUCUGGUACUGUCUGCUUUAGCAAGAGUUAUUUAGAAGUUUUACAAGCACGGCCUACUGAGCAGGUUCUGAAAGCAAGGGGUGUGGCCCUGACUCUGAACUGGAAUCAUGGAGAUAGCUGAGAUUGCCUGUCAGGCCCAGUCCUGUCCUAGUGGGCAUGGAGGGCACCACAGGGAGAUCUUUAGCCUCCGUCACCUGCCAUCCCAAGCAACAGGUGACACCUGGGGUGCCCAGCCACAUUGAGAUGGGACCAGGAAUGUGUAUGUAUAACACGCGGAGAAGUACCAUGUGUGUGGUGGGGAGAGAAGUUCCCACAUGUGGAAUGGAAGCCCUUUGCAGGGAGAUGGAUGGUUCAUUUCUCUUUGCCCCUGGCCCUUAGCUAUAGGGAGGCCUAGAGAGAGGAGACUUGGGAAGUUUAGGAUGGGAAACAGGGUUGAACCAUGCUUUGCUAUUCAGACCUGUGCAGGACUGAUUUUGGAGAUUGGGCCCAAGGAGCCAUGAGUCUUAGGCUUGACUCUAGGGGCUUUACAUGGCUGGGUCUCAUAUGGGAUUUGGAGGGGGCAUUUUUCCUAACACUGAUACUACAAGUCACCAAUACUAUUGAUGCUUUAAGAUGCUAGAAAGCCUUGGAGAGUGGAGGCAGCCGAGAUGGGAACAGAAGUCUGAAGAAGCUUAUUGCUGAUGGGGAAUGUGUUUGGGAAAGUCAAGAGUGGUAGGAUUGGUUGGCUGGGCACGGUGGCUCACACCUGUAAUCCCAGUACUUUGGGAGGCCAAGGCUGGUGGAUCACUUGAGGUCAGGAGUUCAAGACCAUCCUGGCCAAAUGGUGAAACCCCAUCUCUACUAAAAAUACGAAAAAAAAAAAAAAAAAAAGGGAUGCUAGAAUUGGGCCAGUUAAAAGCAGGGAAGACCUGGCUGGGAACAGUGGCUCAGGCUUGUAAUCCCCGCACUUUGGGAGGCUGAGGCAGGUGGAUCACAAGGUCAAGAGAGUGAGACCAUCCUGGCCAACAUGGUGAAACUCUGUCUCUACUAAAAAUACAAAAAUUAGCUGGGCGUGGUGGUGUGCACCUGUAGUCUCAGCUACUUGGGAGGCUGAGGCAGGAGAAUUGCUUGAAUCUGAGAGGUGGAGGUUGCAGUGAGCCGAGAUGGUGCCACUGCACUCCACCCUGGCAACAGAGCGAGACUGUUUCAAAAAAAAAAAGAGCAGGGGAGACCUGUCAGUAGGGUGAUCAUGUGUCCGUUGCCUGGGCAGCCCAGGUUUAUGCCUAUUUUCCAGUGAAUUAGGCCCCUUCCACUUUUCAAGAGUCCCAGUGUGGAUGAUAUAUGAUCACCAAACAUGUCAGGAAACAAUAUUCCUUGGACUUUUCCCUGUCUUCAGGUCCUGGUGGGCCAAAUUCCUGGGACCAGGACAAGGUAGGCUGCCUCAGUAAAAAGAAAGGACUGGAGGGUGGCCCAUUUCAGAGGAGUAGGCUGGUGGGGGCCAGCCAGAGAGUAACCCACUUUGGGGGAAGAUGUUGGACCUUUAUUAUUUGUGGUCUAGCCGAGGCACUGCAUUGUCAGGACAGCAGGUGAGCCACUUUAGGGAAGACAGUGCAGGGUGGGCAGGCGCCCAGAUGACCAAGGCCAGCCAUCCUGAUGGAGUAGGGUCUGGUUAUCUGUGUUCAAGAAGCAAAUUUCAUCCCAGACCCAGCACUAGCUCUCUCUCUAUGUAUGUAUUUUCCCUGUACAAUGUUUUAUAAAAAGAGAUCAUUAAUUUAUCUGCUAUGUUAAGGCUUGAGGGGUAGGGCGUGGACUCUCAGCUGUAUAUUGCUCUGGGGUGGGCAGGGAAGGGCUGAGUCUCACUUGGCUUGGAAAAUAAACAGGCCAGUUUGGACUGGCCUCCAGCUCUGUGACUGUGGAUUAAUGACUCGGAACUGCUGGGGUGUGAUGAGGCUGGGAGAGCGCAGCUGGGCAAGGCUGAGCCCAGGGUGCUGGCAGAACUGGUGAGCCGUUUUGCUAGGCCCAGCUUUCUCUUCUGACCCUCAGGUUUUUUCCUUCUCCAGACCCCUCAAGGGGAAGGAACAGAGCUAAAUGUCAUAAUAAACUUAGUCUCUUU